AUGGCCAAGACCGGCCGGACCAGCAUCUCAGGCGCGUCGAUUCCCCAAGAUCGCCCCGAAGAGGGCUCACCAGAAGGGGCCACCAAUUCCGAAGACUCUCCAGCUCAGUCUGACGGCGGAAAUGUAUGGUUUAGCUCUUCAGAUGUCCAGUACGUCGGAGGAACCCAUUGGGCUGCCAUCCUGGAUGGGAUCGCCGACCUCAAGGAGCAGCUUGAACGGGAAGACCAUCGGAACAUGGAGAAACCUGCUAUGCUGCAUACCUUCCUGCUGUAUGGAUGUAAAUCAGCAAGUAAAGAAGGUAUCUUGGCAGCUCUGCCCGAUCGACCCGCCGUCGAUCGUUAUAUUUCCCAAUACUUCAAUCGGUUGGACUUGGCGCCAUCCUGCCUACACAGUGGUCAAUUUUCACGAGAGUAUGAACGGUUCUGGGAGAAUCCAUCCCAGACCUCGGUCAUGUGGCUCGGUCUUCUCUUUUCUAUGAUAUGUCUCGCAGUGCUGGCUUCUAGUGCGGCAGACUCUAGCUCAUCUCCGGGAUUCCGAAAUCCGUUGGUGGAUACAUACCGCGAAAAGAUAGUACAGUGCCUCAUUCUGGGCGAAUACACCAAAUCCGGGCGUUACGUGUUUGAAACCCUAUACCACUACUUGACCAUCGAGUAUUCCAUCCGCAAGGAUGCUGACCAGGACAUCUGGAUCCUUUCGGGAAUUUCAGUCAAUAUAGCUCUGCGCAUGGGCUACCACCGGGAUCCGUCGCACUUGCCAGGGAUCUCUCCAUUUGAGGGAGAGAUGAGACGGCGGGCCUGGGCCACCAUUCUACAGGGAGAUAUCUUGAUUUCGACCCAAAUGGGUAUGCCACGCAUGAUCAAGGAUUGGCAAUGUGACACAGUAGAGCCCCGUAAUCUGAAUGACUCGGACUUCGACGAGGACUGCUCCGAGCUUCCCCUAUCAAGACCGGAGACGGAGAUCACUACGGUUUCGCACCUGGUCGCUCGGCGACGUAUCUUUGGCGCCUUGGGUGUGAUCGUCGAUUUCACCGCGUCGGUGCGACCGGUGACCUACGACGAGGUAAUGCGACUAGAUCGGAUUCUGAAUGAUGCGGAGGCCACGGUCCCUGCCCAUCUCCGCAUGAAGGCCAUGGCUGGGGCGGUGACCGAUCCCCCGCAGGUGAUUAUGCAUCGGCUCUUUCUUAGACUGAUGUUUCACAAGGGUCAGAUUAUGCUACACUGCAGGUACUUAAACCCGGACCCAGCCACAUUUUCCGAGAGCCACAUAUCAUACACCUACUCACGUAGCUCUUGCAUAAAGGCAGCCUUGGGUAUUUUGGAGAUUCAGCAUAUAUGCGACGAGGAAACCAGCCCAGAUGGCCGGCUUUAUUCGAUGCGAUGGAGAGCUUCCUCCUUCAUGAAGCAUGAGUUUCUGACAGCCACGAUGCUGCUGUGCUUUCUCGCACGACAGCCAGAUGCUCUGAGUGAUGGUCACAACUUGGACCAAAUCAUAGCAGCGCUAACAAGGGCGCAUGGUAUCUGGAUGAGGUCAAGGAAUUCAUCGAUGGAAGCAAAGACAGCAGCCGAUACUCUCAGCAUUGUUCUUGCUCAACGAUCAGGUGAUUCUAAUGUGAGCGCAGAGGGUCAGACUAUGAACAAUGAUUUCAACCUAAAUUCAGGUCAGUCGGCGGUCUUACUUUCUCCCCCAUGUCCUUGCUUACGAUAG